CUGCCUGUCUGUCUGUCCGUCCGCCCCCGUCCAUCAGCAUCUACCACCGCACCGCUUCCACCAAUCUGCGCGCCGGGAGGACCACCCCAACCCCUGAACCUGAAUCUACCCGCCCUGCCCGCUUAUAAAUAGAGCUUGAGUCACACCGGCAAGUCUUGGUCGUCAGAAAAGGCUCAGGGUUGCAGCAGAACAUCCCCCUCCGUCUAAUCCCCCCUUUCAUCGUUUCUCUGUUUUUAAAGAAAAUCUCAUCCAUUUUCCACUUUCACUCCCCCCCUUUUUUUUCCGAACUGUACUUGUAUUUUUUGAGGCCACUUGCAUGCAUUUUUCGUCUCCCAAAAUGGUUUGCGAGACUAAAAUUGUUGCGGACGAACACGAUGCUAUACCUGGGACCAAAAAAGAGUCGAUUAUGUGGAGCUCUCCUUCGUCCAGUGCGGCUCUGAACCCGGCUGAGGCUAAGGUGGUGCGGAAAGAUGCGGUUUUUAUCCGCGAGUUCGAGCACGAGGAUCAGGAGGAGGUGCGCCGCAUCUUUUACGAGGGGAUCAUGGAGAGGAUACCCAACACUGCGUUCAGGGGGCUCCGACAGCAGCCCAAGACCCAGUUUUUAUAUGCUCUGCUGACAGUAAUGUGCUUUGUCGUGACCAAAUCCGUCACGCUGACCUGCUGUGCACCCCUCAUUCUCAUGGGUGCACGCUACUACUACAGCAGGAAAGUUAUCCAAAAUUAUCUGGACUGUGCUCUGCACACGGACAUGGCUGACAUAGAGGCUUAUUACAUGAAACCCACAGGCUCCUGUUUCUGGGUGGCAGUGCUUGAUGGACACGUCGUAGGCAUCGUGGCGGCGCAGGGCCGUGAGGACGACAACACAGUGGAGCUUCGCCGCAUGUCGGUGGACUCGCGCUACCGUGGCAAGGGCAUCGCAAAGGCGCUGGGCCGUCGUGUUCUGGAGUUUGCCGUGCGCAAUAACUACGCUGCAGUAGUCCUGGGCACGACGGCUGUCAAGCUGGCCGCCCACAAGCUGUACGAGUCGCUGGGUUUCCGCCGAACGGGCCAGAGCGAGGACUACAGGCUUCCUGGGAUGAGCCGCUCGCCACUGGAGAGGCUCUUCUUCCAGAUCCGCUACUGCCGCUACCGCCUGCAGCUUCGUGAGGAGUGAGAGGUGACAGGGAGAGGGAGAGAGAGAGAUGGAGAGGGGGAGAUGGAGAAAGAGAGGGACAGAGAGAGAGAGCGAGAGCGAGCGAGCGAGCGAGAGAGAGAGAGAGAGAGAGAGCGAGGACCCCCUUCACCUGAGAGCCCCGACCGCAUCCUCUCCUCUGACAGCUUUUAUUUAUUUGGUGUCAUUAGAGAUAACUCCAAGUACCACAUAACACUUCUACUAGUUCAUCUUUAAAGUCACUAACGUUUUUUAUUACACUUUUGUUGCUGUUUUUUUUAAUUAUACUUUUACAUUUUAAAUAAGAGUUUGUUUUUUUCCUCUAUUUUAUUAAUCUAUUUUUUGUACCUUUACCCCUCCUUUCCAUUGUGUUAAAGCUAAAGCAGUUUAUUGACAACAUCCUACUGGCACCCCAACUGGGCACCCUCUCCGGCCCCUGUGGUCUUAAUACCAUUUGGCUCGGAUCAAUCGACCCCUCGUUACUCAGUGACCCCCGGUACCCCUCCCCUAUUGUCUGCCUGCUCCCUCUGUUUCCCUUACAUCCUCGGUGCCAAAUUCAAAAGGCACAUUUAAUCACAGGAUUGUGCAACGAGAUAUUUGCAUUUUUGGUUCAAUCGGGGGUGGAUGAAGAAAUGUGUUGGGAGGGGCUCAUAUGGUUUGGCCUUUUGCUGUUCUCUCAAGACACCAUAUUGAAGCACAGCGAGAGUGAUCCCCAUAGUGAGAGAAAAGAUGGCAAGAUGGAAAAAACAGGAAUGUGCCCCUCCUCACACAUUCUGGCCCUUUAAUUAUGGUGGAAGCGAAUCUUCCUUCCUUUUUCUAUUCUUUGUAAUUAGCGCUUUUAUCUCAGCGGAGAGGGUCUCUGAUUGGUUGUGGUGACAGGAGGGUGGAGCUUUUCUCAGCGGUGUCACACUGACCAAUCCCAAGAUACAAUAUAGCUGCAUGUCAGAGCUAGUUUAUGUAUGUGUGUGUGAGUGUGUGAUUGUUGUGACUAUGUAUGUGUGCUUGACAAGACUAUGGUCACACUUUAGACCAACAGUUUUUUGAUGAACAAUGAACGUAUUUUUAAUUUUGCGUAGACAGACAUGCACCUUUCUUGCCAUGAAUCAAGUAUUAUUUGACAAAACAUCACUACUUUCUAUUACGAAUUGUUUACUGAUUUAAAAGAAAGAGAAUUCCUAACAUUUUGGAUAUGUUUAGUAUUUGACCAAUAAUGAGUAAUUUUAUAAAACAAAUUACAAUAACACAUUGUUAUAUGCAAAUUUUUGCUGUUAAACCAACAAAGUAGCUGCAGAAUACACUCCACUUAAUCUGGGUUAUUGGGGAACAACUUGGGUGAGACAUGACUACGAGCAAUACCUGCAAACUUACAGUACACAACUGAGCACAAACAGCAAAUAAUUAUCACAAAAAUAUGUAUAUUGGCAUUAGUAUCACCCCUCCCACCCCACCCUCUUUGCUCAUGUAUUUAUAUUGUGUAUACUGUCAAAGGUUUCUCCCAUAACUACUCUCUCCAUCUCCAUCCUCUGACCAUUCAACCAGCAGUAGAUUCAGCCAUCCACUACUCUGAGCCUAAGUUGUGUCAUCAUACAUUUGUAAAAAGUUAAAGAAAAAGAAAAAAAAACACAACAAAAAAAAAUCACAUAAGAGGAAAAAAAACAAAGGAGAAAAAAAAAAUGAAUACAAAUUGUCAUAAAGUUAGCACCGACCCUCCUUGCCUUGCGAACCCCCCUCCCAAAAAAAACAAAAAACGCAAAAACACACUCCUCCCAAGUCCCAUUCAUGAAUCUGUCUGCAACCCUGGGCUAGACCCCACACCUUCCAUUUGAACCCUGCUCACCCUACGCUGACCUCUGACCUUUCCCUCUCCCUGGUCCCGCCUAUUUCCCCCCACCCACCCAUCUCUGCAUGCGCCACAGAGCCUUGCUGCACUGCUUUUAUUAUUCCAUUUGAAGCUUGUUGGACCAACCCCGGACCCCACCCCCACUCAGAUGUCAUCUAGGCAGUAGUCGGUUCUUGGUCUGCAGCUACACCACCAUUAGUGUCUGCUUGGAAGGGUGAGCUACGGUUGGAUGUGAAGAGAAAACGGAUGUGUUUAUGUUUUAGCCACAUGCGACAGAUAGAACUUAGAAGACGUUUAGUCCAAUACAUGCACUUGGUCUUAGACUUCUGUUACAACCCUAACCCUAAUGCACCUGAAGAUUAUAUUUCAGUGUAGUGUGA